CACGCCGCUCCGCCAUGCCGCUCUUCUCAGUUAAUGUGAAGUGGGGAAAAGAGAAAUUCGAUGGCGUGGAGCUGAACACUGACGAGCCUCCAAUGGUCUUCAAAGCCCAGUUAUUUGCACUGACUGGAGUUCAGCCAGCUAGACAGAAGGUUAUGGUUAAAGGAGGAACUCUGAAGGAUGAUGACUGGGGGAACCUAAAAAUAAAGAAUGGGAUGACCUUGCUAAUGAUGGGUUCCGCAGACGCGCUUCCAGAGGAGCCGAUCGCUCGUCCCGUCUUUGUGGAGGACAUGACAGAGGAGCAGUUGGCUUCGGCUAUGGAAUUGCCUUGUGGAUUGACAAACCUUGGCAACACUUGCUACAUGAAUGCUACAGUUCAGUGUAUCCGCUCAGUGCCAGAAGUGAAAGAGGCCCUUAAAAGGUAUGGUGGUGCCUUAAGAGCUUCAGGAGAAAUGGCCUCUGCUCAGUACAUUACUGCAGCUCUUAGAGACUUGUUUGAUUCCAUGGAUAAAACUUCCUCCAGUAUCCCACCUAUCAUUCUCCUGCAGUUUUUACAUAUGGCCUUCCCACAGUUUGCAGAGAAAGGCGAUCAAGGCCAGUACCUUCAGCAGGAUGCCAAUGAGUGCUGGGUGCAGAUGAUGAGGGUACUACAGCAGAAGCUGGAAGGCAUAGAAGGUGAUACAGUUAUGGAGACAGACUCUGGAGCUACAGCAGCAUCCUCUAAAAAGAAGAGUUUAAUUGAUCAGUUCUUCAGCAUUGAAUUUGAAACAGCCAUGAAAUGUACAGAAGCUGAAGAAGAAGAAGUAACUAAAGGAAAAGAGAAUCUCCUUCAGCUUAGCUGCUUUAUCAAUCAAGAAGUGAAAUACCUGUUUACAGGACUAAAAUUGCGUCUUCAGGAGGAAAUCACCAAACUCUCUCCAACGCUGCAGAGAAAUGCACUCUAUAUCAAAUCUUCCAAAAUUAGUCGCUUGCCCGCGUACCUGACUAUUCAGAUGGUUAGAUUUUUUUACAAAGAGAAAGAAUCUGUGAAUGCAAAAGUUCUUAAGGAUGUCAAAUUUCCUCUUAUGUUGGAUGUGUAUGAGCUGUGCACACCAGACCUACAGGAAAAAAUGGUUUCUUACCGAUCAAAAUUCAAAGAUUUAGAGGACAAAAAAGUAAAUCAACAGCCAAAGAAUUCUAGUAAAAGUGAUGGUGCACAGAAAGAAGUUAAAUAUGAACCAUUUUCUUUUCCUGAUGAUAUUGGUUCUAACAAUUGCGGCUAUUAUGACCUGCAGGCAGUGCUAACUCACCAAGGCCGAUCAAGUUCCUCUGGGCAUUAUGUGUCUUGGGUUAAAAGGAAACAAGGUAAGAAAACCAAAACAAAUUGCAGCCCUGUUAACCACUCUUCAGGGCUCCUUUCAGCCAAGGGGCUGUUAAGCAAGCUUAGAUUUUAUGUACCUAAGCUACAAAUGAUCCUCUUGUUUUUCUUUGCAGAUGAAUGGAUUAAAUUUGAUGAUGACAAAGUCAGCAUUGUUACACCUGAAGACAUUUUGAGGUUAUCUGGGGGUGGAGACUGGCAUAUAGCUUACGUUCUACUCUACGGGCCUCGCAGAAUUGAAGUCGUUGAAGAAGAAGCUGAACAAUAGUCUUCCGUUUUAGCCAUUCUGCCUAGGUGUGAAAUAAAUGUUGAUUACUGAUCACUUCUUUAACCCCAGAGCUUUAGCAAGUGGAUAAAUAAUUUGUUCAAACCUUCUCAUGUGCAGAGGGAUAUUGUUUUAAAACUGAUCCAUGUACCAAUUAGUCACUAUUGGACUGGACUGCCCACUGUGGUGGUGACAAUACUUAAAAUAGCUUUAAUGUCUUGCAGAAGAUAAUUUUUUUAAAUGAGCCUCUCCUCCUCCUUCUUCUCUAAUGUCAUCAAGUAUUUAUUACACACCUACUCUCACAUUUGUUACUCUUGCAUGGUUUAUACCACAGUUCAGUAGCUGUCCAUCCUUUGCCUUACCUGGCAGUUCUGUUAGGAAGGUAGAAGAGAAACUGUUGCCUUGUUGUGUAACUCAGUGCUGCUGCCCGUAGCCGACAGCUGUGGCUACAAUCAAGUAUUUGUCCAGCCUGACCUGCUGAUUCAGUCUGUUCUGUUGCUGGCAUCUCAUGAUUUCAAAAUAAAUUGUGAUCAACAAUGUGUCUCCAUUAAAAACAGCUCCUGUCCUGGUACUGUAGUCAGUAUGCGUUUGUUUUCACUUCCUGGGCCACCACUGAUGAAUGUCUCAAAGCAGUCAUGGAAUAAAGUCACUUUUUUUUUAAGCUGUA